AUCGCGACGGUUGUUAACGCCACAAGCAUUUUAAAAGACUCUAAAAGUAAGACUGCGCUUCGACCUGGCUUUGCAUUAAGUAAAUUUGUGAGUUGUACGUGACCUGUGCUAAAUAAGUGACUGACAAACUUGGCCCACAAAGAGAUUCCGAUAAAAUCUUGUAUAACAUUUAUUCAAGUCAACAAAUCUGGGAAACAACUGAGCUCAGUUCAGCUCAAACUCCAAACGAGACGGACUCAAAAAUAAUGAAAACAAUUGUUAAUCGAUCGUGGUAAUCGAGUGUGUUGUCGUCGAAUCUGUUUAGUUAAUUCUUCAGUUGCUAAUCAUGUCUCUGAGAGUCUUUAUCCUGUCACUGCUUCUUUGUGUGCUUCAUUCACAAAAUGUCAGAGGUCUUAUAGUGCCUGAGGAAGUGGCUUCUGGACUUUCCUACUCCUAUGGAUUCAUUCCCAAAAUAAAGAAAGGCAUUGAUUCACGCUUUGGUGUUGGUUGGCGCUUUGGCAAGCACGCUGACUUCCAGCUGCAACUGGAGCUGGGACCUCAGUUUGAAACACGUCCACUUGGCGUAUUAACCAAAAAGCGACAAGCAACAAAUAGCAAGAAUCAACUUGAUCGACUGAGAAUGUUUCAACAAUCUGGAUUGGAAAAGUUUCCCGAGAAACCACAAAUGAAACCGAAUGUAGUUAACCAGCUGCAGCAGCUGUACAAAAUGGCGGGUGAAUCAACGGAAGCGACGCCUACAACAACUGAGAUGUUUAAUUAAUCUAAGAAUUAUUUUUUAAGUGAGUAAAG